AGAAAUAAUCAUGUCUGGACGUGGUAAAGGAGGAAAAGGAUUGGGAAAAGGAGGCGCCAAGCGUCACAGGAAGGUGUUGAGAGAUAACAUCCAGGGUAUCACCAAGCCCGCUAUCCGUCGUCUUGCCCGUCGAGGUGGUGUCAAACGUAUCUCUGGCCUGAUCUACGAAGAGACCCGUGGUGUAUUGAAGGUAUUUCUGGAGAAUGUCAUCCGUGAUGCCGUCACCUACACCGAGCAUGCCAAGAGGAAGACUGUCACCGCUAUGGAUGUCGUCUAUGCCCUGAAGAGACAAGGCAGAACUCUGUACGGAUUUGGAGGUUAAGCGAACAUUCUUAAACUUCUUCUAGAACAUACCGGCCCUUUUCAGGGCCACCCACUUUUUAAUUUAAGUCAACUCUUCUAAAUCGCGAUGUGCUUCAUCUUUUUAGACCUUAAUUUGCAGCUAAUGGUAUUUAACGCGCCCCUUGGUGGGAACGAUCCUU